UGUGCGCGCGAGCGCGUAAGUCAAGUCGUAGAAUUCAUCGAUUUUCUUUCUGGAUCGCUCGCUUGCUCGGUCGAUCACUCACGUCUGUGAUUUUCCGGAGUAGCUAAUUUUUGGUGGGCGGAUAGAGGAGGACGAAUGAUGAAGAGCAAUUCGGAGAAAAGUUGUGCAUUCGAAGUCUAUGAUCCCGUGACGGAUGAAUGGACCAUACUGCCUCUGCCCACUUCAUAUUCUUCUCCAAAUCAUAGUCUUCCUGCUUAUUGUUCUGGACAUGCCGUCAUCCAUGACAAGAUCUUCUUCUGUAACUGGGGUGACAUCAUUUCUACUUUUGAUUUGAAAACUCAUAAAUGGAAGUUCUUCGAUGCCAAAACCAUUGCAAAGACACAGGCACAGACUUGUGACGAUGCCUUUGCACGUUCGUUGGUGGAUAAUCCCGUGAGUGGAUGUGGCCUCGUUCUCAAUGAUACCUUAUAUGGCUUUUCACCAAGUCAAAAAGGGGUCUGUAGCUUUUGUGCAUAUCAUAUCCCUGACAACCUUGGAGAUGCAUUUAUAUCUCAUGCUUCACUCAAAUUGACAGAUUCAUACCUAUUGAAAAGGGACUCCAAAUCAGGCUUAUUUGUGCUGCUGCAGGCCGGUUUCUUUUAUUUAGGAAAUGAUAACUUCUGUUCAGUUUUUCGUGAGACUCCAGAAAUCAAGUAUACUGAAUAAGACGAUGAGGACCCUCACGAGGCUUCUGAAGUUUACUUCGUAGUGUUUCAAAUUGUCAAAGAAAGAACUUGCAGCGGAGAUGUCUGUUGGCCUAUCAAUCAAUCAAGGACCUGCAAAGUCCAGGGAAUCAAUGCUGAUUUGGGCUCAAUUUUCGAUUUCUUCACACUGUAGAUGUUGCUGGUCUUGUAUCUGUCACUUUCUCCCUCUUGUUGUCUGUUUGCUUUUCUGCUGGCAUUAUGGACCUUUUUACUUGAAUAUAUAUAUUUUUUGAUAAGUUAACUUGAAUAUUAAGUUUAUAUAUUUGACUUUUGGAUAUAUAGCUUACUCUGUGUCAUGAUUGAAGGUUAAUGAUCUUAGAUCAGACCUUAUCUCUGGUAACACAUGUGAUCUGAAUGAUUUUCAGGGAUGGAGGUUGUUUUGAACUAGAUUAUAAUACACAUCAAUUUUUUUUUUUUUUU